CGCCAUUUUGUAUGCAUGUACUCUACCAAACUACCAAACCAAAUAAAUUUAAACGUUUAUUUGAUUAUAUCAGAUUAUUUAUUUUUUUACCGCUUUACACAAUUUUAUUGCGUGUACUUAUUGUAUCGUGUAACUGUAAUUCUUUGUGAAACGGUUAAUUUCUAAUGGAUAAUCAAAGAGAAAAGGAACGCGAUAGAUCUAGACGCGGCGAUAGGCCUUCACGGUUUUCGGAUGCAAUUCGAGACCGCUCAAACGACCGGGAUCACCCAAAUGGAAAACGAGUGUUUGUUUCUAACAUUCCCUAUGAAUUUCGUUGGACAGAAUUGAAAGAUUUGUUUAAAGAAAAGGUUGGUGAUGUAGCUUAUGUUGAGAUAUUCAAUGAUGAAAAUGGAAAGCCAAGAGGGUGUGGUGUUGUUGAAUUUACAAAUUGUGAAGCAAUGAAGAAAGCACUCUUUGUUAUGCACAGAUAUGAAUUAAAUGGCAGAAAACUGGUUUUAAAAGAGCAAACAGAAAGGAAUAGGUCAAUAUCUACGCGAUCUGGAGGUGCAGGAGGCGGCGGUGGUGGUGGCGGCAGAAAUCCCAGGGAAGAUAAAGAUGGAUGGGGAAUCAACAAGCCCAGAGAACCAGAGAAUUUUAAUACAUAUGGUCUCAGUCUACAGUUUCUGGAUUCCAUUAGUGUGCAGCCACCACUUGUAAAAAAAGUUUUUGUAGCAAAUCUGGAUUAUAAAGCUGACAGAGCUAAAAUAAAGGAGGUAUUUAAAAUGGCUGGCAAAGUGCGAAAUAUUGACCUGGCUGUAGACAAAGAUGGUAAUAGCAGGGGAUUUGCUGUUAUUGAAUAUGAUCAUCCUGUUGAAGCUGUACAGGCAAUAUCAAUGUUUGAUAAACAAAUGUUGUAUGAGCGAAGGAUGACAGUACGUAUGGAUCGGGGAGUAUCUGAUAAGACAGAAUUUAGAUUACCAGAGGGUUUAAAAGGCAUUGGUUUGGGCUUAGGUCCCAAUGGAGAACCUUUGAGAGAUGUGGCUAGGAACUUGCCACAGAGUAAUACUCCCAACAACUUAAGUCUAGCAAACACAAAUAAUACAUUGAGUGCAAGUGUUUUGGGUGCUGUACCAGCUGCUGGAGUUGCUUUGAAUGGUCUUGGAACAGGAUUGUCAGCAAAUACAUUAAAUGCUAAUAGUGCUUUGGGUGGCAACUUAGGAUUACAGGCUUUGGGCUUGACUGGAUUAGGUGCUCUCCAAAACCAACUUUUGCAGCAAGGCUUAACUGCUAAUGAUCUAGCAACAGUUUUGACAGCACAAGCAAAUGUCAACACAGCUAACUUAGGGUUAGGAAAUGCAGAUUUAGGAGGAAAUGUUCUUGGAAACCCAGGCCUGUCAAAUAAUGUUUUAGGAAGUGGCCCUGCUAUGGGCAGUGGACCUCUAUCAGGUUCAAAUCGGCAGUUAGGUGUAUCAGUUGGUGGCCAAGGAUAUGGUCGUGAUCCUGUUGGGCAGUCUAAUGUCAGAGAUAAGCAGUCGGACAUGGUUAUGAUCACAAAUUUGCCACCGACGGUUACUUGGCAGCUGAUUCGUGAGAAGUUUAGUGAGUGUGGCGAUGUGAAAUUUGCAGAGAUGACUGCUCCAGACACAGCUAUUGUCCGCUUCCACAAAGAGUGGGAUGCAGAGAGAGCCAUUAAAAUGUUCGACAGAACUCGCAUUGAUGGCAGAACCAUCGACGUCCGUUUCUUUUAGAAAAAUUAAGUUGGAAUAUGUCAUAUUGAAGUCAAUCUGUUGUGGGGUUUGUAUAAAACUCGGAUGCGGCUUAGUUAAAUCUUCGUUUCAAUUCUUGUUUGUUAGAAAGUAUCCACUUUGGUUGACAUUGAUGUAAUCUUAUGAAAUAAAAACUUGUAUUUUAAUUUCAUUUAGUGUAAUUGUCUUGAUGAUUGCUGUAUUAGGUGUAAUGAUUAAACAUAAUAAAUUUUAUUAAAGAA